AUGAGGUGGGUUAAGCCGCUCUUCUUCUACAAGACCCAGGCUAGCCUGCCCGACGAAUCACUCGGUGCGAAGGACCUGUCGGCCAUCCAAGACCCCGCUGGCUUCUAUCUUUCUUUUAUGCCCCCCCAUAAGUGCAACCUGAGCAGCGAUCAGGUUAUCCAACCGCAUGGGCUUGACCUGGCCCACACGCGGCACAUCUACAUCGGUUCCUUCACUACCGCUAGUAUUUGCUUCUCCGUUCUCUUGUUCUUUCCUCAUACGGCGGCCGGCAAGAAGAUGUCUGCUUCGUCCAACAGCCUUUCCCUCGAUCCCUACGAGUCCCUCCCGGACUAUGCGCGACAGGAGAUUUCCAGCUCCUACGACCUAAUCUAUGCCAACCGGGCCUUCCACCUCAGCUAUUAUAUUCCCCGGGAAUCCCUGGCGGCUUUCUGGGCGUCCGUGGUGCGAAGGGCCAACAAAUAUAUAGUUGCCACCCGACGAGGCAAGGCCUUUCCGUAUUUCCAGAACCCGCGCCUGCUCUUUCAAUCCCACGACCUGAAGAAUACCUUUGCCCGGCCGAGCCUGCACGAAAGUAUGACUCUCUUCCGAGAUAUGGUCCUGGGCGGCCUUGAUCCGGCCCAACUGGACAUCAGAGCAUCAUAUAUUCAUUUUAUCCUUCUUGUUCCGUCUUUAUUCCAUGUAGAAGGGCAAAAUUAG